GCAGGGCCAACAGACAGUUCUGUCCUGGAGUACCGGAGACCCGAACGAGGGGGAGACGAGCGACAACAUAUGGAUUGAAGCAAGGACAUUAGGACCACAAACCACUUCACGGUGCAAUUGCACAUCUCUCCCAGACCUCGCAGAGAGAUGUGGCUGCUGGAAAAGAUCCGCGGUUCAGUGGAGGGAAACGUUCUCCGACAAGGAGACUCGGCGGACAAACAGGGCAAAGCCCCCACCUACUGCAACGUCCUCACCCCUGACAAGAUCCCUGACUUCUUUAUUCCACCCAAAUUCGUGUGCUGCCCACCGGAGGAGGAGACGCCAGAGAUGAAGCCAAAAAACGAGCUCCACUCGUCAGCGUCGGAGCAGACCAUAUGCUGCAAGAAGCCUCAGGGCAGUCCGCGCAGCCCACGCCUCAUUAACAAGUUGGCUGGAGACACCAAGAACUUGCUCAAAGCUGCAAACCGCCACAUCAUCCAGAUCGAGAGCGCGGACGACUUGGUGGCCGGGGAAGGGGGUGACCUCAACACGAACGCCGACCCGCAGUCCCAAACGGCCAUGUCCCUGCCCUACGUGCCCAAAGCGCAAACCUCCUACGGUUUCGCCACGCUCAUGGAAAGUCCUCACACGAGACGUAAGGAGUCCCUCUUUCACAGCGACCCCACAAGUCCGCUUACCUCACCCAACACCCAACGCAAGUCGCAGGGUAACCACCUAAACCCCAGUGACUGCAACACCUCCCACUCCAACCCCUACCGGUACUUCAGCGGAGGGGAAAGCGACACUUGCUCUUCGGCCGAGUCCUCCCCGUUCAACUCCCCCCUGUUAUCUCGUUCUGCGUCUCUCCUCAAGGUGUUCACCCACGAAACCCAAGCCAAAGUGUCCCGAGCCAAGCGCUCCUUCGCCCGGCACAGUUCCCUCUCCACUGACGAGUGCAGCUCUGUGGAGACCAGCCCGAAUAUUCAGAGGCGCCUCCGUUGCCCUCCUUCCCCUGCUUUCCGCGGACGGAAAUACGGAGGCAACAUGGAUCGCUUCACGCAGCACACCGUCAACCUCCACAAGGGGGGAACUCUGCGCCUCUGCACUGACUACGACAUCGACGCGGCCCGGCUUCACGUGCGCGUGCUGGCGGCCGAGGACCUCUACGACAAGCAGUUUGACGUGAAGAGCAUCAAUUGUUGCGUGGCUCUGUACCUGAACCCGGGAAAGCUCCAGAAACAGCGUAGCACCAUUAUCAAGAACAGCCGCAACCCCGUCUUCAACGAGGACUUCUACUUUGACUCCCUUCCUGUCGCGCAGGUGAAGAACCUUGCCAUCAAGAUGAAGGUGGUCAACAAGGGCACCAGUCUGAAGAGAGACCACCUACUGGGCGAGAGGGAGGUGCCCUUGAAGGAGCUGCUUUCUGGGAUCUAGAAGUCUAGUUUCGUCCACCGCCUAGGCGUGGGACAAACGAACCAUUCACGGAAAUAUUCCAGCUUUGAUUCCGAGUGAUUGGAGUUCUCCAACUAACUGUGUGCACCUUCCUGAAUUGUUUACCAGCAGUGAGAGUGUUUCGGAUGUACUGUAUGUGUGAGAUCUUCUGUAUAUAUCCUCUGUAUGAGUGUACAGGCAUGCUCCGAUUGGUUUGUGUUUGUGAGACCAACGUUGUCUUGAUUCCAGACCCUGCUGGGUCUCACGGUUGGAGACUCCGAUAGAUAAAAACAGCUCCCCGUCCACUGCUAUCUCGAAGGCAACAGCUCAUUUAGUUGACUGAUGCUUUGAAGUCACACACAAAUUAGGGACGCUCCGAUCAGGAUUUUUGCAGCCGAUACCGAGUACCAAUUUCUUGUCAUAAGGCUCAUAAGGUUUAUUUAAACAUUGUCCAAUACUGUGGAGGACAAAAUAAACAUUUAGUCUCCUAAAAUGGAGAAGUCUGAUGUAACUUAAAGGAUUAGUUCACUUUUGAAAAAACUUUU